AUGAAUUCGGUUGGAGAUGGUGGCAUGGGAACAUGCCUCACAACUUCAAGUGAUGAAGUUUUCUCCUGUGUAGUAUCAUUUGGACAGCUUAUUGAUGCUCAAAGAGGAGCAACAUUGUUUCGACAAGCCUGCAUUGGAUGUCAUGAUGGAGGUGGAAACAUAGUUCAGCCUGGUGCAACACUCUUUUUACAAGAUCUACAAAGAAAUGGCGUUGACACAGAAGAGGAGAUAUAUCAGAUCACAUAUUAUGGAAAUGGAAGAAUGCCAGGCUUUGGGGUAAAUUGCACACCAAGGGGCCAGUGUACAUUUGGGCCUCGGCUGCAGGAUGAGGAAAUUAAACUUCUGGCAGAGUUUGUGAAGCUACAAGCUGAUCAAGGGUGGCCAAAAAUCGAAAGUUAUGGUGAUUGAUUCCUGCAAUAAGAAGAACAAAGGGCGGCAUCCAAAUGGACCAGUGCAUUUGUUAGUAGCCAAAAAAAAAAAACAUCCAAAGAUGGUCACAAUAAAGAAUCAGGUUGUUGUGCGACUCCCCAAACUAUGUAAACUCAGUGGCGAUGAAAGGUGUGGGGCAUUUUUUGGCCAUUAAUAGAAACAGGUAUAUCUUCAAAGCAUGUCCUUUAGGAAUUGAACUUACAUCACAUAACAAAGUACAUUAUCUAUAGCAUUUGGAAGGGCUAAA